UGCGUUUCACGCUGACCCAAAUUCACUUUCAUAUCGCCUUUCUUCAAAUUUCAGGGGAUAUACUCGAGCCGAGCAGCUUUCUCAUGGCGCGCCACCAUGGGUGGGGGUACUUAAACCCUUCGCGUCCGCCGGCUUUCCAGUCACCCCGUCCGACAUCCAACAGACAUGCCACCCUCCCCCGAUGACCCCACCAGUCUCCGCAGGCGUCAGCCCUCUGAAGAGAAGAUCCUCGCAGACGCGCCACGAAGCGUCGAGACCGCGGCGCCAGACCCCAGCCAGAGUACUAAUAUUCCCGCGGUGCCAACCAGACUCGGCGUGUCCCGUGGUAUUAUCUCUAUCAUUUUAGCUAUUUUAACGCUCUCUGUCUAUCGCCUUUGCCCCCGCUCGCUGCCCGCGGUGCCAAAGUCCUAUGUCCUUUGUUCACGAGACGGUGACUAUAUCUACACAGUCGAUGACGCCCACCCGCGCGUUCAAUGUCUUGCCGUCCAUCAGUCUCGGUUUGUAGCGGCCGGCUCCUUGCCGGAGGUACAGGACGCCUGGCGCCAGCUGGUUCUCGCGUCCGAACAUGUGCAUAUCGGCUUUCCAUCAAGCUUGCCAGUCCGGCACAUCGGUCCUGGUCAAAUCAUCGUGCCUGGUUUGAGCGACUCGCAUGCGCACAUCUUGGAAUACGGCGCUAUGAAGCAAAUUCCGCUGGAGGGCACGCACACUGUGCAAGAGACGGUCAAACACAUUAGGGAAUACAUUUUGUCCAAUCCAGAUAUCCGUGAUGACCCGUCGAAAUUCGUUGAGGGUUGGGGCUGGGAUCAUACUCAAUGGUUGAGUGCCACAUGGCCUACGGCUGACGAUCUCGAUCGCGACUCGGUUGUGCGUGGGCGACCGGUUGUGUUGCAGAGCAAAGACGGCCACGCGCUUUGGGUCUCAUCGACUGUGAUCAAGUCUAUGGAACCGAUGCCCGAAGAUGUCCCCGGUGGCGUAAUAAUGCGCGACGAUUCAGGGAACCCCACCGGUGUCUUCCUGGAUAAUGCACAGGACCUGGUCGUAUUGCCUGAACCGUCACACGAGACCCUUGACAGACGGUUUGCUGCCACGGUCAAAGACGCGCUUGCGCUCGGCCUGACUUCCAUCCACGAUGCUGGCUUUAAUCCGCGCUCAUUGGAAUUCUUCCAGAAGCAAGCCGAGGACCGCAAACUACCAAUUCGCAUUUACGGCAUGACCUACUUUGACGAGAAUGCUGAAUACUGGGGGAACACAAGCCAUAAGGUCAUGGGCGAGGGCGAUAACAGGCUAUGGGCGCGCAGCGUGAAGAUUUUCGCAGACGGCGCUUUGCGAUCAGGUGGUGCAGCGCUGUACGAACCAUACGCGGACAACCCCAGUACUCGCGGGUUCAUGCGUAUUGAGCCCGAGAUAUUGAACAAAGUCAUCCCGCAAUUUAUGCGGGACGGCUGGCAGGUGAACGUCCAUGCUAUUGGCGAUCGCGCGAAUGGCGUAGUCCUCGAUGCAUUUGAGGAGGCGCUGAAGGAGGCAAAUGUGACUGCUCUCCGGCCGCGCCUGGAGCAUGCUCAAAUACUCACCGAAGCGGACAUGGCGCGUUUCGGGGACCUCGGCGUGAUCGCGAGUAUACAACCAACGCAUGUAAUAAGUGACAUGUGGUUCGGCGAAGAGCGCCUUGGUCCGGAGCGUGUCAAAGGCCUGUACGCCUUCCGAAGUAUCCUCGACCACGGCGCACGCAUCACGCUUGGCUCGGAUUUUCCGGUCGAGAACAUCAACCCCUUCGCAAGUUUCUACGCCGCCAUCACGCGGUUGUCGCCUGACGGCAAGUCACCGCAUGGCCCCGGCGGCUGGUUCCCUGAGCAGCGCAUGACCCGCGAGGAAGCCCUAAGAGGCAUGACUAUUGACCCCGCGUAUGCCUCCUUUACUGAAGGCUCUUUGGGCUCGAUCACACUUGGGAAGCACGCAGACUACGUCGUGCUCUCGCAGGACAUCAUGUCCGUCCCUGCUGAGAGGAUAUUAGAUACAUCCGUCGUUGCGACCGUGAUGGACGGAAAACCCGCGUAUGGCUCUAUCUAAGUGAUCGUUGCCUCGGUAUACCCAUACACUGUUCAAUUCCUCAUGAAAGCUAGUUGUACGGUCGGACUGAUGCAUGCCUGGCGUUAUACAUAUACAUGUAUUUUACUUAUUUUAAAUCAAUGUUGUAUCCUGUCCGC